AUGGACGAGAUGGCCGCGGCGCCCAAGCUGCCCAAAGUCCUCCUGUUCGACAUUGGCGGCGUCUGUGUCGUGUCCCCCUUCCAAGCCAUCCUAGACUACGAAACCAGCCUCAACAUCCCGCCAGGCUGGGUGAAUUACUCGCUCUCCCGGUCCGCGCCCGACGGGUCGUGGCACAAGCUCGAGCGCGGCGAGAUCCCCCUCGACGCCGCCUUCUUCGCCGGCCUCAACGCCGACCUGCACCGGCCGGAACGCUGGGAGGCCUUUUACGCGCGCGAGGCGGGGCGCAGGCCCUCGCUGCCGCGGGAGACGCCGCCGGUCCCGCGCCUCGACGGCGAGCGGCUCUUCAACGAGAUGAUGGCCCGGUCCGACGCGCCGGACCCGUGGAUGCUGCCCGCGCUGAGGCGGCUCCGGCAGAGCGGGCGGUACAUCCUGGGCGCGCUGAGCAACACGGUGAUUUUCCCGCCGGGCCACGCGCUGCAUCGGGGCGGCGGCGGGCUCGCCGACCCGGUCGGCGGCCUGUUUGACGUGUUUGUGUCCUCGGCGCACGUGGGGCUGCGCAAGCCCGACGCCCGCAUCUACAGGCUCGCCCUGCGCAGGCUGGACGAGUUUGCGCGCGCCAAUGCGCACUCCGAGAGGGGCAGGCGGCUCGGCUGGGGCGACGGCGUGCGGGCCGCCGACGUGCUGUUCCUCGACGACAUUGGCGAGAACCUCAAGGCAGCCAAGGAGGAGGGCUUCGGCACCAUCAAGGUCCGCCUGGGGAGGGCGUACGAGGCCGUCGAGGAGCUCGAGAGGGUGACGGGGCUGCCGCUCGCGGGGGACCAUCCCAGGGCGGCCGUCGAGCCGCAGAUGGGCACAGGCACGGGCAGGGGGUCGCGAAGCGCCAAGAUGUAA